AUGUCAAACGUGCGAGUGUCUAACGGGAGCCCGAGCCUGGAGCGGAUGGACGCCAGGCAGGCCGAGUACCCCAAGCCCUCCGCCUGCAGAAACUUAUUCGGCCCGGUGAAUCACGAAGAGUUAACCAGGGACUUGGAGAAGCACUGCCGAGACAUGGAAGAAGCCAGCCAGCGCAAGUGGAAUUUUGAUUUUCAGAAUCACAAGCCCCUGGAGGGGAAGUACGAGUGGGAAGAGAUGGAAAUGGGAAGCUUCCCCGAGUUUUACUACAGACCCCCGCGCCAACCCAAAGGCGCCUGCAAGGUGCCGCCGCAGGAGAGCCAGGAUGUCACCGGGGGCCGCCAGGCUCAGCCUUUAAUUGGGUCUCAGGCGCAGUCAGAGGACACACACUUAGACCAAAAGACUGAUGCAUCAGACAACCAGACGGGGCUAGCGGAGCAGUGCGCCGGGAUGAGGAAGCGACCUGCCACAGACGAUUCCUCUACUCAAAACAAAAGAGCCAACAGAACAGAAGAAAAUGUUUCAGAAGGUUCCCCGAAUGCUGGUUCAGUGGAGCAGACGCCCAAGAAGCCGGGCCUCAGAAGACGUCAGACGUAA